AUGCACGAUUUCAAUGUGCCCACCGAGUUUGGCCAGGCAGUUGUUCGCAUUGCCUUUCCUCCGGCCUCUCUUCUCAGCUUUCCUCCCAAUGAGCUCCCUGUGACCAUUCCGGCGCCUCACGUCGACACCCCGACCUGGAAGCAGCCCUUCAACAUCCCGAACGAUCUCUAUAACCAGGUGCUGGACGUCCGGGUACCAAUCACCAUCGCGACUGUCUAUGCGCUCACCGUGGUUUUGAUCAAUCGCAUUAACAAGCGUCGCGGCUAUAAGCCCUAUGGGUUCAGUCACAGCCCCCUGUUCAAGCUGUUCGUGGUUCUCCACAAUGUGUUCCUGGCUGUUUACUCCGCAUGGACCUUCGUGGGUAUGUUCCAGGCCUUCAGCGGCUCUUUCCCCGAUAGCGAUGAUACCAAUGGCCUGGCUGGAGUUGUGGACUCGCUCUGCAAGAUCAAUGGACCCCGUGGUUACGGUAAUGCCGCCACCUACAACGCGAUCACCGACGAAUGGUCCAUUCCCAACCCCGCCUUCCAGUUGACCAACGGCAUGCCCGACCCUACGGAUGCCGGCCGUCUUUGGAACCAGGGCCUCGCCUACUUCGGCUGGUUCUUCUAUCUGUCCAAGUUCUACGAGGUUGUCGACACCGCAAUCAUUCUGGCCAAGGGCAAGAAGAGCUCGACUCUGCAGACCUACCACCACGCAGGUGCCAUGAUGUGCAUGUGGGCUGGUAUCCGCUACAUGGCUGCUCCCAUUUGGAUCUUCUGUCUGGUUAACUCGGCUAUUCACGCUAUGAUGUAUACCUACUAUACCCUUACCGCUCUUCGCAUUCGUGUCCCCAAUGCCAUUAAGCGCAGCUUGACUACCAUGCAGAUCACCCAGUUCGUCUUCGGAACGAACAUGGCUGCUGCUUACCUGUUCGUCCACUACACCAUCCCCUACCCCUCCGGCAGCGCAGCCCUCAACCAGCUGUCCAAGGCUGCCUCCAUCGCUGCCACUGCCACCGCCGAGGCUGGUUCCGUCGCCUGGUUGAAGAAGAUGGCCUUCCGGGCUGCGGGCGCUGAAGGAAUUGCCGAGAACGUUGGCACUACUUUCAACGUCGCUCCCGUUCAGCAAUCCGGCUACUCUCACCAGAUGGUUACCUGUAUGGAUACCACCGGCCAAGCCUUCGCCGUCUGGUUGAACGUCUCUUACCUCCUUCCCCUCACCUACCUCUUCGCGCGCUUCUUUGUCCGAUCCUACCUGAACCGUAAGGACCCCGGUGUGAAGCAGCCCACCCACAUGGAGGCCGCCGAGAAGGCCGGCAUGGAUGCUCUGAAGAGCCUGAGCCGCGAGAUCCGCAAGGCUGCUAUCGAGGGCGAGAACAGCGAGGUGACCACCGAUGAUGAGGUCAUCAAGGCCCAGGUCCAGAAGAUCGCGAACAAGACCAUUGCUCCUGAUUCGCCGAUCCGCACUCGCUCGGCUGCUGCUACAAAGGCGAAGACUGCUUCUGCUUCUUCCAGCCGAUCGGUGUCUGAAGAGGGCUUUUCUAAGGUCCCCGUGAAGAAGGGCGCCAAGAAACCAAAGGCUGAGAAGGAGACAUCCUCCAGCCCAAGCACCAAGGACGAGAACCGUUUCGGGGUAUUGGAUAACAAUGCUUGA